AUGACUGAGUUCCUGUGUGGCAUUCGUGUGGUCAAGUUCUACGCUUGGGAGCAGCACUUUGGCACCCGGAUAGAUGCCUGCCGCGCUAAAGAGCUGCAGAAGUUGAGAAUCAUCAAGUACUUGGAUGCCGUGUGCGUGUAUCUGUGGGCAGCGCUGCCCGUUGUUGUCUCCAUUGUCAUCUUCAUCACGUACGUCCUGCUGGGCCACCAGCUCACUGCCACCAAGGUAUUCACAGCAUUGGCCCUCGUAGGGAUGCUCAUUCUCCCCCUCAACAGCUUCCCAUGGGUGCUGAAUGGGACCUUGGAUGCCAAAGUUUCCCUGGAUCGAAUCCAGCGCUUCCUUGAACUCGCAGACCAGGACCUGGAGGCUUAUUAUGCUCUAG